AUGUCUGAAACUGAGCAGUUGUUUGAAGUUGAUAUGUACGAUGCUGAGUUUGAUGCGAUUAUGGAACAGGAUUUAUCUGCUGAAGCAAAUGCCAAUGAAACAAACAAAGCAGAAAGUGUCAACGAUGAACAAGAGACGGAUUCGGAUGCCAAUGAAACUGAUGAGGAUGAUCAUUCAGAAGUCAGUGAAUCUCAGCAGAACACCGAACCAGUGGUCACCCGUAGCUCGAACGGUGCAUCAGGUGAACAACAGCUGAAUGGUAGUCAAAGAAAAGCUAAAAGCCACAAGUGUCAGCAGUGCGACAAAAGCUUUUCAUGUGCAUCUAAUCUCAAGACGCACCAGCUCACAGUGCACACUGCCAUUCGAGUUUACCAGUGCCCAACAUGCUCCAAAUUAUUUGGGGAGAAGGGUAAUCUCAACAGACACCAGCGGAUUCAUACUGGAGUUCAAGCUCACAAAUGUACGAUUUGCUCCAAAUCAUUUGGGGAGAAGGGUAAUCUCAACAGACACCAGCUGAUUCAUACUGGAGUUCAAGCUCACAAAUGUACGAUUUGCUCCAAAUCAUUUGGGGAGAAGGGUAAUCUCAACAGACACCAGCUGAUUCAUACUGGAGUUCAAGCUCACAAAUGUACGAUUUGCUCCAAAUCAUUUGGGCGGAAAAGUACUUUAAAGCUACAUCAGCUAGUUCACACGGGCAUCCAAGCCUACAAGUGCUCAAUUUGCACUAAAUCAUUUGCACAAAAAGGUGCUCUUAAUCGACACCAAUUAGUUCACACUGGCAUCCAAGCCUACAAGUGCUCAAUUUGCACUAGAUCAUUUGCACGAAAAGGUGCUCUCAAUCGACACCAAUCAGUUCACAGCGACUCUAAACCAUUUCAGUGCUCCAUCUGUCAACAAACGUUCAAAUCGAAAGUUGGUUUCAAAGGACAUCUUCAAACUCAGCAUCUGCAGUAA